AUGGUGAAGGCAUUGCAAGGCGCGGCUCAGAAUCUGCCGGCGGAUGUCAACCAAUUGAUCGAUCAGUUAGAGCGUCACUGCUUGGCUCCCGAUGGAUCUCUUGUUACCAAAUCAGCUUACUACGAUCUUCAACUCGCUAGAGAAGAGAUGUCUCGGGAGAGACUGCGGUAUUUGGAAGCUAUGGCUAUCUAUUGUGAAGCUGUAGCUAUGGUAGAAGAAUAUCAGCAAGCUAUUUCAGUGGCUAACCAUGGUGGAAUUCGGGAUGUUCAGGGUCUUUACCCUCAACUUGGCUUGAAGAACUCUCCUCAGGUUUAUGAGACUCUAGAGCAUAGGUUGGUGGUUGCUGAGGCAGCUCAGAAACUGAGGCUACCUCUUAUUUCAGAUGAUGGUGAAAUUCACGAGGAAGAAAUCGAAAAGUGGAGUAUACUAUCACGAAGCUCUCUUGAUAGUGCAAGCACGAGUUUUACAAUCAGCUCCACUUCCAACUCGGUGAACUAUGCGAAUAGCUCAGCAAACAGCGCUGCUGGUGGAACCAGUCUUAGUGCUGCUGAUACUGACGUAGUUGGUGGUGUCCCGAAUCGCUUUCUUGGGAUAACACCUGCUUAUCUAUCCUAUGUCCAGCUUCAGAAUACUAUGUCAAUGGAUAUGGCUGACUACCAAAUGUUUCUUGCCCGUGAGAUCGAAGGUCGAUUGAAGGACAAGUGUGAUAAGUUGGCUGAUGCCAUUGUUGAUGACACUGAUUCAUCAACAGGAAAUCAGAAUUCAAGUGCUAGGCUCCCAGAAAGGGUAAAGUUUAUAAUUGAGGAGAUUGAAAGAGAAGAGGCAGCUCUGCGAGAGGACCUCUACUCGGCUGACAGGAAGUUUGCAGAAUAUUACAAUGUAGGUGAAAAGGCAUAUCAUACUGUCCUGGAACAAAUACUCGGGGUACUUAUAAAGCUUGUGAAGGAUCUGAAGUUAGAACACCAACACAAAUAUGAUGAGAUGCAAAAGACUUGGCUGUGUAAAAGGUGUGAGACCAUGAACGCAAAAUUAAGGGUUUUAGAACAUAUUCUCUUACUUGAGACAUACACCCCUGAAUCCAUACCAGCCUUGCACAGCAUCAGGAAUUAUCUAGUCGAGGCUACAGAGGAAGCUUCAGCUCAAUACAACAAAGCGGUUACACGGCUCAGAGAAUAUCAAGGAGUAGAUCCGCAUUUUGAUACAAUUGCGAGACAGUACCAUGACAUUGUUAAGAAACUGGAAAAUAUGCAGUGGACCAUUCAUCAAGUAGAAAUGGACCUCAAAGCGCAUACCUGA